CAGCGUUGAGUAGUUGUAAAGAAGGUAUUAAUUGAACGGUGUGUAGAUGCACAAGAAUAUUCCAAAUCUGAGGAAGAGAAAUUUUCACAUCUCAAGGACCUUAUCUUUUGACAGGACUUUGCUCGCAGAAUUAAAAAGAGAGUAUGAUGAUCAGGAUGCUAUUCCAUAUCCUCAGACAAAGUUUUUUUGUUGUCUGUGUUUCCUUCUUUUCCUGAUCUUCACUUCCAUUCUGCAACUUCUGAAACUGCCAUGUAUAAAAAUGUCAUCUGAAGGCAGCAUAGGGGUCUUUAUAUGGCUGAUGCCCAAAAUCGUAAUCUUACUCCUGUCAGCAGUUGGAACAGCUGUAGGAGCGUAUUUUGUAUACAAGUACCUCAUGAAACGUGAAUUGCCGCAAACCAACAAAAACAGUAAUUCAACACUCAUGAAUCCAUCAUCUACCACGGAUGGAGAUGCAAGAAGGACCACCCUAAAUUCAUGGAUUGAAAAUGCACCAGUGGAGAGGUUUCUUAAUAGGAUUGCUGAGGAGAAGCCAAUCAGAUUCACACUCCAACAGCUCGCCGGCUUAACUAGCAACUACACCACUCGCUUGGGGUCUGGUGGGUUCGGGAUGGUCUACAAGGGACAGCUUCCGAAUGGAGUCCUAGUAGCAGUGAAGGUGCUGAACUCCGGAGGUUCUGAGAACAAGACACUAAUGGAGCAGCAGUUCAAGGCAGAGAUUGGCACCAUUGGAAGAACAUUUCAUGCAAACCUUGUUAAACUCUAUGGCUUCUGCUAUGAUUCAAUUGUCAGAGCCCUGGUCUAUGAGUACAUGGACAAGGGAUCUCUAGACACAUAUCUGUUUGACAAGAGCCACGCCAUUGCAUGGGAGAAAUUGCAUGAGAUUGCAAUAGGUACAGCUAAAGCGCUCUCUUACUUGCACGAUGAAUGCGAGCAAAGGAUCAUACACUAUGACAUCAAACCAGCAAACAUCCUCCUAGACAACAACUUCAACCCUAAAGUGGCUGACUUUGGAUUGGCGAAGCUUUGCGACAGAGAGAACACUCAUGUGAGCAUGACUGUAGGACGGGGGACUCCGGGCUAUGCAGCACCUGAUAGUGAGAUGUGGUUGAUGGGACAAGUGACAUACAAAUGUGAUGUCUAUAGCUUUGGGAUACUCCUGUUUGAGAUUGCAGGGAGGAGGAGAAGCUUUGAUGCAAGCUUGGAGGAAGAUGAGCGUUGGUUUCCAAAGUGGGUGUGGGAGAGGUAUGAGAACAGAGAAAUGGAAAAGGUGAUGGAGACAAUGGGAGUUGAUGAUGAACACAAGGGUGAAACAGAGAGGAUGCUAAUGGUGGCCUUCAGGUGUGUGCAGUACCAGCCAGAAAGAAGGCCUCCCAUGGACAAGGUUGUGAAGAUGUUGGAAGGGGAGAUGGAGAUUUUGCCUCCAUUGAACCCUUUCCAGCACUUGCUUUGAUCUUGUGCAGCAUCUUGGGAUUACUUCAGUUGCAUGAGUUCAUCAUCAAGUGGAGCAGCUAACCAAGGAUCUGAUGUUACUCUUUACCCGUUUGAAAACCCAUGCAGUAAUUACCCACAGCCCCUUUCAAGUGUUUCAGUAAUUUGUGUAGCUGAAUCAAAUGAAAUAUAUAUUUCAGAA